GUUCUGACCUCUCAGCACCUUGCCGCUGCGCCAGUGCCCGCCCUCCUCUGAAGCCAUUGGUUAACACUCAGUCCCCCACCCCCGGAAGACCUGUUUUUUGCAGCCAAUCGCGGACGAGGCGGCGGUGGAGCCUGGGAGCGAGGACACCCCAUCUGUCACUGAAGGGAAACUGAGGCCUCUUCUGACCGCCCCGGGUGUCAGGAGCUCACAAUUUGAGACCAGAGGAGAUGCGCUGAGGCUUGCUGUCCCCUUAAAGGGCCACUCAGAAGGGAUCGCCAGGAAUGCCCAGAGUUCCAUUGGAGCUAUUUGGAAGGGAAAGUUAAGAAAAUGAGGCAGAAGGAAGUGUUAGCCAAGACCUUCCAAGGCCCAGCUGUUGUCUGUAGGACUCCAAGCAGCCAUGUUUACAUGUUCAAGAAUGACAGUGGAGACUCUGGGGACUCCUCUGAGGAAGAGUCACACCGUGUGGUGUUACGACCUCGGGGCAAGGAGCACCAGAAGAGCAGCAGCCAACACCCGCAGCAGCCCGGAACCAACAACAUGGUGCUGCUGCAGCGCGAGCUGGCCCAGGAGGACAGCCUCAACAAGCUGGCUCUCCAGUAUGGUUGCAAAGUUGCAGAUAUCAAGACGGUGAACAACUUCAUCAGAGAACAAGACCUGUAUGCUUUGAAGUCAAUUAAGAUUCCAGUGAGGAAUCACGGCAUCCUCACAGAGAACCACCAAGAACUAACGCCCCUGGGGCCCCCGUCUUCCAAAACCAGAGUGACAGUGGUCGAACUGCCAGAAGAUGAAGAUAGCACCGGGGCAGCUGCUCAGGGCAACCAGCUGACAGACUUCUUCAAGGGAAUUGAUGAGAACAUUGAGCGGGCUGUGCAGUCCGACGUCUUCCACGACAGCUGCUGUGUGGAGGCCCCCAGGUCAGCCCUGCUCCCCACAGCCCAGAAGCCAGCGGCUGAUGGCGCAGGUGGGAUCCCCUGGUGGAACGCCGUCUUCCUUAUGCUGCUCAUCGGGAUUGUGCUGCCAGUCUUCUAUCUCGUCUACUUUAAGAUACAAGCCACCGGGGAGGCCCCAAGUAGCUUGAAUGCAACUGUCGUCCCCAACAGCUCGACGACAUUGAGCCCUGUUCCAGGGCAAGCCCACAGGUUGGCAGUUCCAAUGCCCACCAUCUCUGCUUCAGAGCAGGUCGGCCCAACCACCCAGGCAGGGGCCUAA